UCGCCAAAUGCCUGCCCGACCACCAAAGGACGAAGACCUGCACGAAAUCUUUUACACCCCUUCACGUAUUGUAAAACUCACCAACUGUAUCCUCACCUGUAUCAUUUUAGUCUUAUUGAUUGUGCCUAUCUAUGUCUUAUAUCACAUGGUUCACGAUAUUGGCACGAGAAACGCAUACAUGACGUGUAUCGGUACACUGUUGAUAUGCACAUUGGCAUUCUCAUCUAUCCUCUCACUUUUUACGAAAGCUAGACGUCACGAGAUUCUGGCUGCUGCUGCCGCGUACUGCGCUGUACUCGUUGUUUUCCUUGGUAAUGUAGAGCCAACUAUGGCCGAAAAUGUGGUUUGACUCUCACUGUUCGAAUCGGUGUCGUGGUCUCCGCCUGUCUACACUCUCUUUCAUCUUCACCAAAGUUUUGAAUAUACACUAGACCUUACGGCUAUAUUUCCUUGCUUUAAUUACAUUCCGGAAUCUAAAAUAAUGCGUCAAUUCCACUCUGUUCACCUCCGAUUUUUGACCGCAUGUGAUGUUUUGGGUAGAAUUUCGUUGAAUGAUCGACUCAAUGCGACUGCUAGUCGUAUGGUAUCACACCCUCAGGAGGACUGCAUGCAUCAGUUCUAGAAGAAACCGAUUAUAUCUUGAUAGCAAUAGCUGCAUUUCAUCUGACGCCUUAGGCUAUGAACGGGUACAAGAACACUUCUCCACAGGUAAAUGCAUAGCUAUACUUGCAUACCAGAACUUCAGUCGCAUGGAUGAGAAACAAAGCAACACAACAUCAACGUACAUGUUUGUCUGCUGCAAAUACGUCAGCAUAAUUAAUUACUACAUUUCUAGUAUCUCACCGCCAUGUGCAAUUGGAAGGCUGGGCUACAGAUCGUUACAAGUGCAAGGCCAGUGUCCGUUCGUAU